AUGGCUGCCCGUCUCCGCCUCCAGAACAAGGUCGCCAUCGUCACCGGUGCCGCUUCCGGUAUCGGUCUCGAGACUUCGCUCCAGUUCGCCGCUGAGGGCGCGCGUGUCGUCCUCUCCGACGUUAACGAGGCGGCUGUACUCAAGGCUGCCGAGCUCGUGCUCAAGAACUUCCCUACUUCGGAGGCGUUUGGCGUCAAGGCCGACGUGUCGAAGGAGGCGGAUGUCGCGGGUGUUGUUGAGGCUGCCGUGGCCAAGUUUGGCCGCCUGGACGUUAUGUUCAACAACGCCGGUAUCAUGCACCCCGCUGACGACGAUGCCGUCAACACUGAGGAAAAGAUCUGGGACCUCACCCAGGCCAUCAACGUCAAGGGUGUCUGGUACGGCUGCAAGCACGCCGUCAUCGCCAUGCGCAACAACAAGGCUGAGCCGGAGAAGGGCCUCGGCAUCGGCGGCUCGGUCAUCAACGUCGCGUCCUUCGUGUGCAAGGUCGGCGCUGCCACGCCGCAGCUCGCGUACACUGCCUCAAAGGGUGCUGUGCUCGCCAUGACCCGCGAGCUCGCCAUGGUCCACGCGCGCGAGGGCAUUCGCUUCAACUCGCUCUGCCCUGGCCCGCUUAAGACCCCUCUCCUUAUGGAUUACCUCAACACCCCUGAGAAGCUCAACCGCCGCCUGGUCCACUGCCCCAUGGGCCGCUUUGGCGAGGCUGUUGAGCAGGCCAAGUCGGUCGUCUUCCUCGCCUCGGACGACUCGUCGUACGUCAACGGCACCGACUUUAUGGUCGACGGUGGUCUCAUUGCGUGCUACGUCACCGCUGAGGGUGAACCCAAGGUCCCUGGCCCGCAGGGCCUCCUUGCCCAGCUCCAGCAGUAG